AUGAUGGGGGUGCCCCCCUGCAGAGCCCCCCUGCGCCUGCUGCCUGCGCUCGCCGGCUGGGCGAGGGGCCGGGGUGCCCCACUGAGCACAGGGGACCUGACUGGCCCCUCCCGGCGGCACUACAAGAAGGAGACGCUCCCUGCCUCCGAGGGCCCCAUCCCGCCCGUGACCGUCACUGAGAUCCGCCAGUACCUGCGAGCCCAGGGCAUCCCCUUCCACGACGGCUACAGCUGCCUGCACGCGCCCAGCCACUUUGUGGAGGGGCCGGGGGAGCAGCAGCCCCCCGCCGGCAGCGCCCGCUACAGCCUCUUCAUCGACAAGACCACGGGCAGCUUUGUGUGCACAGCCACCCUGGCCGAGGGCACUUGGCAGGACUUCCAGGCUAGCGUGGAGCUGAAGCACAAAGGAGUCCCUCAGGCUGGCCUGCAGCAGCUUGACGGGGCGGACCAGGCUGGGGAGGAUGCCCGCCAUAUCUGGGACCGGGCGCUGCCACUCUGGGAGCUGCUGGACGAGGAGGAGACUCUGACGGCCAAGGCCAUGUUCGGCAUCUCCAAGGUGUCGGACGCCACCCUGAAACGCUUCGGGGUGCGCUACCUGAGGACUGCCCGCACCCUGGUCUUCCCCUGGUUCAGCCCCCGUGGCACCGGCCUGAAGGGCCUGAAGCUGCUGGGGGCCGAGUGCCAGGGGGACACAGUACUUUACGUGGAGAACACUCUGCCCCGGCCAAGCGCCUAUUACAACCUCUUCGGGCUGCCCCUGAUCGGCCGCAGAGACACAGAGGUGGUGCUGACAGGCCGGGAGCUGGACACCCUGGCACUGUACCAGGCUACUGGCCUGCCCAGCUUGUCCCUACCCCGUGGGGCUACCUGCCUGCCCCCAGCCCUGCUUCCCUAUCUAGAGCAGUUCAAGCGCAUCACCCUGUGGCUAGGUGAAGACCUCCGCUCCUGGGAGGCUGCCAAGCUCUUCGCCCGCAAACUGAACCCCAAACGCUGCUCUCUGGUGCGACCCGGUGACCAGCAGCCCCGUCCCCUGGAGGCUUUCACCCGCGGCAUGAACCUCUCCAAGAUCCUCCGCUCCGCCCUGCCUGCCGGGCACAAGUCCAUCAUCUCCUUCCGCCAGCUGCGGGACGAGGUCUUCGGGGAGCUGUCCAACGUGGAGCAGGUGGCCGGGGUCAAGUGGGCCCGCUUCCCUGAGCUCAACAAACUCCUCAAGGGCCACCGCAAAGGGGAGCUCACCGUCUUCACAGGCCCAACGGGCAGUGGGAAGACGACCUUUAUCAGCGAGUACGCCCUGGACCUCUGCAUGCAGGGGGUGAACACCCUGUGGGGAAGCUUUGAGAUUAACAACGUGCGCCUGGCCAAGAUCAUGCUGACCCAGUUUGCGGUGAGGCGGCUGGAGGAGCAGCUGGACCAGUUUGACGAGUGGGCAGACAAGUUCGAGGACCUGCCGCUCUACUUCAUGACCUUCCACGGGCACCAGAGCAUCAAGACGGUGAUCGAGACCAUGAUGCACGCGGUGUACAUGUAUGAUAUCAGCCAUGUGGUCAUUGACAAUCUCCAGUUCAUGAUGGGGCAGGAGCAGCUCACUGUGGACAGACUUGCCGUCCAAGACUACAUCGUGGGCGCCUUCCGGAAGUUUGCCACAGACAACAGUUGUCACGUGAGCCUGGUCAUCCACCCUCGUAAGGAGGACGAAGAGCGAGAGCUUCAGACGGCCUCUAUAUUUGGGUCUGCGAAGGCCAGCCAGGAGGCCGACAACGUGCUGAUCCUCCAGGACAGGAAGCUGGUGACGGGGCCAGGGAAGCGGUACCUGCAGGUGUCAAAGAACCGCUUUGAUGGGGACGUGGGGGUCUUUCCCCUGGAGUUCAGCAAAGCAUCCCUCACCUUCUCCACCCCCGUCAAGGGGAAGGCCCGGCUGAAGAAGGUGAAAGAUGACAAUGGAGCGCCGCCGAAGCAGGCUCCAGCUGGGGGCAGCGGGGCCUCUAAGAAGCAGUGA